AUGGAAUCCACAGGAAAAAGUCCCCCACAUGACAAUCACACUACUUUAAGGGAAUUCAUCUUACUUGGUUUCUCCGAUGUUCCUAACCUGCAAGGAUUUCUCUUUGGGAUGUUUUUGAUAAUCUAUGUGAUUAUUCUGAUGGGAAAUAGCCUCAUUAUUAUAUUAACCAAGCUCGAUCCUUGCCUCCAGACUCCCAUGUAUUUUUUCCUUGGCAAUUUUUCUUCUUUGGAAAUAUGUUACGUGUCAGUUACUAUUCCCAGAUUAUUAACAGAUCUUUGUAGACAAAAUAGAAAUAUCUCCUUUGUGGCUUGUGCUACACAAACGUAUUUUUUUCUGGUCCUGGGAGCCACCGAGUGCUUUAUUUUGACCACGAUGGCUUAUGACAGGUACGUUGCCAUCUGCAACCCGUUACUCUACCCCCUCAUCAUGAAUAAGAGGCUCUGUAUCCAGCUGGCAGCUGGCUGUUGGGUCAGUGGAGUUCCGGUACACAUAGGGUUCACCUACCAGAUCUUCUCUCUGCCCUUCUGUGGAUCUAAUCAGCUGAAUCACUUUUUCUGUGACAUACCUCCAGUAAUUGCUCUAGCCUGUGGGGACACUUUUCUGAUUGAGAUGCUGACUUAUGCGAUUACUGUUCUAAUUGUCACUAUUCCUUUUCUGCUGAUACUUGGAUCUUAUGUGAAAAUAAUCUCAAACAUCCUAAAGCUGCCAUCAGCAACUGGGAGAGCCAAGGCCUUCUCCACCUGCUCCUCCCAUCUCAUGGUGGUGGCUUUAUUUUUCGGAUCAGGCAUCAUUACAUAUUUGAGACCAAAGUCCAGUCAUCCUGGAGGAUUAGACAAAGUCCUUUCACUUUUUUACACUAUUGUGACCCCACUGUUUAAUCCCAUGAUAUAUUGUCUGCGAAACAAAGAUGUUAUGGUGGCGCUAAAAAAAUUCCUAUCAAAACGGAUUGUGUUAUGA